AUGUCAUUUCAGCUCCAAUUAGAACAAACAAACAGAGUUCUGACGAGAGCAAAUGCAGCAGCAACGGGGGUACAACCAGGUAAUCGACUCAUAACACCGAAGCGGGGUGGAAACGGCCGACGAAGCGUAACGUCACAAAGAACUCCUACCGGUGAUCAAAACGGAAGAAUGUCAGGAAUCAAGAAAUAUGGACAACGUCCUAAAGGCUUGAGGAAAACGCAACAGGAGUUGAGGAAAAAGAAGGAAAGGCGUCAGGUGGAACCGCGAAAUGAAAGGGAGGAGGAACUUCAAGCGGUAGAAGAAGAGAUGGAAGAGUGGGGAGGAAUAGGUAGUGGAAACGAGGAAGGUACAGAGGAGAGAGAAGAGGAAGAACAAGGAAAUGAGCGUACAGAUCAUAAAAAUAUCGUACCCACCCAUCGGCACAAUCUUCAGUAA